AUGACUUCUACCAAGAACACCUCAAAACUUUCCCUGAUCCUUGUUUCAUUGCUGCUGGUGCUGCCAGUAGUUGAAGCCCUGGACGCAGGAGAUACCAUCGCCUUCCUCCUAGGCCUCACUGUCAGUGUUGUUGGAUUCUGUGCCUGCCUUGGCUUGUAUGCAAGGAAAAGAAAUGGACAGCAAUGA